AUUGCCUGUAAUUAGAUAUAGUUGCGCACAUCUCGGUACCUAGAUAGUUAGGCUGCUUGCCGCAAAAACUGAUAAGAGCAAGCCCCCCAGGAACUAAAUGAGAAAUCAACAACACAAACUCCUCCGACUCAACUCAUUCACCCGCAUCUACAAUGAGAGCCUCUCUGUUAUUGCUCGUUUCCGUCCUCUACACAAAUGUGCAUGCCUAUGAUACCCAAGAAGUCCUUGGCUCGCUCGACGUUUCCGGAAACUCAUACCAGUGCACGAAUGGCGUGACGCCCUCAAUCACCUGUACGGAUCCGUCGUCCAACAACUACAACUGCUCGUGCACUUGUACAAAUGGCAUUACAUUCGAGCAGCCCCUCCGUUUACCCUCUCAGGUGGGUGGCGGGGAAGGGGGCAGUUGCGGUCCUUCUCUCGUUGCCUGCCAGACAGCCAAAGACGAAUGUUCGCUGCGAGAGCAAGAAUUGCUAGAUCAGCUUCGCCAGAAAGAAGAACAGUACCAGCAGCUCGAGCGCGAAUUUUCAGAAGCAGCAGAAGCAGCAAAGCCAAAGCCUUUCAAGUACCAAGGCUGUUACACUGAGAACGCUGCUCCAAACCGCGUGUUACGCGAAUCUGAAAUCACCCAGUCGACAAUGACGAUCGAGAGAUGUGCCACGAUCUGCCAAGACUUCAACCAUUAUGGCCUUCAGGCUGGGUCGUAUUGCUUUUGUGGGAAUUCGUUCAAGUCGUCGUCGUCCCAAGUUGGAGAGCAUGAGUGUAGCUGGCCGUGUGCGGGUAAUGCGACGCAGAAGUGUGGAGCUCAUGCGAGGAAUUCGUUGUACUCGAAGACUAUGUAAUCUGGCGGUGGGGGGUUCUAGUGGCAUCGUGAAAGGGAUUAUUGGAACUAGGGUUUGAUGGAUAGGACACUCAUUUUACAUGAUGGAAAGAGGGUAAUUCAUCGAAGUUGAGAAGGUGUUUCUUAAUAUAGAUAAUAGUGAAGGCUCUGCACAAACAACACAAUAUACAC